AUUUCCCUUCUCUACUGGUUUAUUAUUAACAUUUAGUGGUUUGCACUUGUCCUUGUCCCUGUCCCGUGACGGCCCUGUCAAGGAAAGAAAUCGUACUUUCGCCUUUUGCCAGUGUUGGAGGAGUUUUACGGGCUUUUCCUUAGCUUUGGAAUAUAAAUAAACGAUGGCCAGCUUUCUGACCCGGGGAGCCUCAGUGGUGAGCUCCAUCACCCUCAGGAACUCCACAAAGAUACUGUCAGUCAGCUCUCCAUGGAACUUGGAUCAGAAGCGGAACCUGAAUGUGCACGAGCACAUCAGCUACACGCUCCUGUCCGGCGCUGGAAUCCCUGUGCCGAAAUUUGGCGUCGCCAAAACAAAACAGGAAGCCGGCGAUAUCGCGAGGAAGCUCAACAUCAAGGACAUCGUUCUGAAGGCGCAGGUGCUCGCAGGUGGCCGAGGCAGAGGCCACUUCAGGGGCGGCCUGAAGGGCGGAGUCCGAAUGGUUUUCACGCCAGAAGAAGCCGAGGAUAUCGCCGGCCAGAUGAUUGGCGACUAUCUGAUCACGAAGCAAACUGGUGAGAAAGGCAGAAUCUGCAACUCGGUCAUGGUGACAGAGAGGAAGUACCCAAGGAAAGAGUACUACUUUGCUAUUAUGAUGGAGCGAGCAUUCAGCGGUCCUGUUGUCAUUGCUUCGUCCCAGGGUGGAGUCAACAUUGAGGAAGUCGCUGCUGAAAACCCAGAUGCUAUCUUGUACUCCCCUAUUGAUAUCGUUACUGGUUUGACAAGGGCUGAUGCAGAGGAGAUCGCUGAAAAGGUUGGACUUGGUGACAAGAAAGCGCAAGUAUCAAAAAUGCUACUGGAUCUUUACAAGCUAUUCUUAGAUAAGGACGCUCUCCUUAUCGAGGUCAACCCUUAUGCCGAGGACACAACUGGAUCUUAUUUUUGUCUGGAUGCUAAAUUUAGAUUUGAUGAUAAUGCCGAUUUCAGGCAAAAAGAGCUGUUUGAAUUAAGGGAUUGGACACAGGAGGACCCCAAGGAAGUCGAAGCAGCUAAAUACAAUCUGAACUAUAUUGCGCUUGACGGUUCAAUUGGAUGUCUGGUCAACGGUGCUGGUCUGGCCAUGGCGACUAUGGACAUCAUUAAACUGCACGGAGGCGAGCCAGCCAAUUUCCUGGACGUGGGAGGUGGAGCAACGGCCAAUGCAGUCAAAGAAGCUUUUAAGAUCAUCACUGCCGAUCCAAAAGUCUAUGUGAUCAUGGUCAACAUCUUCGGCGGCAUCAUGAGGUGUGAUGUUAUCGCCGAGGGGAUCAUUGCUGCAGUUAAGGAGCUCAAUCUCAAAGUCCCCAUCAUUUGCCGUCUCCAGGGUACAAAUGUAGAUGAUGCAAAAGUGUUGAUCGCAAGUUCUGGAAUGAAAAUCUUACCUUGUGAUAACCUCGAUGAAGCCGCACGUCUUGCCGUCAAACUCUCGUCCAUCAUCGGACUUGCCAAGUCUGCCAAACUCGACGUCAACUUUGAAAUGCCUCUUUAAGUGCAUGUGGAGUCGUUUUAAAUAAAGUAUUAGUCGUUAUUAUCACCGUAAGGAAAAUUUUAAUCUCUUUUACAGUGUGUAUCGUGUAUAUAAAUUACUUAUAUAUAUUAUAGUUAUUGUUCAAAAGUCGCACGUCAUAUAGCAAUUUUAGUCGCCCCGAAUUUAAAUUUGCGAAAUAAAUUAGGUUGUGGCAUCAUCUUGUCUCCUUAGCAAAUACAUAGGUCAGAUUAUAAUUUAAUAUAAUUAAUAUUUAUUUCAAAUUAUUU